AUGGCAGACGAUGCUGCAUCAGAGGGAGUCCCCCUCCAAAAGGAACCUACCGGCUUUGCUUCAGCGGCCAAAUCAUUUGUUUCCGGUGGUUUUGGUGGUGUGUGCGCCAUUCUUGUCGGUCAUCCUUUCGACCUAAUCAAAACGCGUCUCCAGACUGCCCCGCCGGGCACAUACACCAACGCAAUGGAUGUUGUGAAAAAGACAAUCGCUGCCGAUGGCGCUAGGGGUCUUUACCGUGGUAUGGGACCACCUUUGAUUGGUGUCACGCCCAUCUUUGCACUCUCGUUUUUGUCCUACGACAUGGGUAAGCAGCUGGUCUUCGCCGCUACGCCCAACCGCAAGAGCAAAGAGCUUUCGCUCGGCGAGCUUGCGUUUGCCGGUUUCUUCAGUGCCAUCCCCACCGUGCUUGUCGCUGGCCCCGCCGAACGUGUCAAGGUUCUACUGCAGCUCCAGGGCCAAAGCAGUAGCGGCCCCGCGUACAACGGUCCCCUCGACGUUGUCCGCCAGCUUUACAAGGAGGGCGGUCUGCGCUCCAUUUUCAAGGGCACUGGUGCGACGCUCGCGCGUGAUGGUCCCGGAAGUGCUGCGUACUUUGUGGCCUACGAGGCUGCCAAACGCGCGCUCACGCCCAAGAACUCGGACCCUAGCAACCUGAACAUUGGUACGACCAUUACCGCCGGAGGUCUUGCGGGUAUGGCCAUGUGGAGUAUUGCAAUUCCUCCGGACGUGAUCAAGUCGCGCUUCCAGGGUGCUCCCGAAGGUACCUACAAGAGCUUCCUUGACUGUGCGCGCCGCACAGUUGGUGCCGACGGCAUCGGCGCCCUUUUCAAGGGCUUUGGCCCUGCGAUGGCGCGUGCCUUCCCUGCAAAUGCCGCAGUGUUCGUCGGUGUGGAGAUGUCCUUCAAAAUGAUGGACCGUUUCUUUUAA